AUGAAGGUCAUACUGGAGCCCUACAAUCCUGAAUGGCCGCUCAAGUUCCGCAAAGUGCAAGAGCAACUCUCGUCAAUUCUCAAAGACGUGCCAAUUAUUUCGAUCGAACAUGUUGGAAGCACGUCGGUUCCCUCUAUGAAAGCCAAACCUGUCCUUGACAUCGACAUCAUCAUCCCGGCAUCCUCCCUCGAGGCCGCACGGAGUGCCCUGUCGGACGCAGGGUAUACUGACUGCGGUGAAAUGAAUAUUCCUGGCCGUGUCGCAUUUAGACAGCCGGGAUAUGGAAAACUUGACGCAGCUCACGGCAUAGGAGCACCCGGAGAGCUACGGCGUAAUACAUACGUUGUGGUCGAGGGGUGUUUAGCAUUGAGGAAUCAUCUCGAUGUGAGGAGAGUGUUGUUGGAGGAUCGAGAGUUGCGGGAGGAAUAUGCACGAGUGAAGAGUAAUAUGGAGGAUAUGGACUUUGAACAUAUUGGUCAAUAUGUGGCUGGGAAGACGGAGAUUCUUUGCAAGAUUCUACGAAAGGCUGGUUGGAGCGAUGAGGAAUUGGAACCGGUGAUUGAAGCAAAUAGAUGA